AUGGCAUACAGACAAUUUUUCUUAAAAUUGUUUGUCAUUUUGUGUUAUACACGAGCACUUUAUGCUACAGUGGAUUUGCGUAAAUUUACAACUUGUAAAGACCAUUAUGCAUCAUGCAGAAUCCGAGAACAAUGGACAGCUGUGAAAGUAUUUCAAUGUUAUUUCUAUUGUGGUAGAAACUACUGGUGUCGGGCUUUAACGAUUAAACCCAUUGCAGGAGGGGUAACAUGUACAUUUCACGAGGGCAUUUUUGAUGUAAAUUGUAAAAGCUUUCCUUUUCAAAAAAAUUACAAUUACAAAUUGUUGCUAAAGAAUGAAGUUUAUGAAUCGCCUGAUGACAAUGGGUGUAAAAAUGACGCAACUUAUAACUCUGGUAACUGUCAGUGUUUGAAAGGAUUUACAGGUACUUACUGUGAAAGAUAUGUUCGUGAUUGUCGAGAAGCUAAAGAAGCCGGAGUUACUCUAAUUCUAUAUCAGGUAGUACAUGUCAUGAUCAAACCUACUGGAAACAAUUAUGCUUUCGAGGCCUUGUGUAAUUACUAUGGAUAUAUUGCUAUACUUAUACGACAUGCCCAAGGAUAUGAUGUUGCAUUUAACCGAUCUUUCGAGGAAUAUAAAUAUCCAUUUGGAAUGAUUAAUAACUACUGGUCGGGACUAGAGAAUAUCUACGCCGUGUUGAACCAGGGUGAGACAUUCAAGCUUCAAAUAUUCUGCCACGACUUCACAACUGGUACUAUGUUCAGUGUAUACUACAAUGCAUUCCACGUCACAAGUUCACCAAACAUGUAUCAGAUGUCGGUAGGAUCUAUAUUGGUUGACCCUGGAAAUGAGGGAAGUGAUGGGUUAGGAGAAAAUAAUAACGAUAUCCCGUUCUGUACCUAUGACAAACCGUGCAAUGGCUACCCAAAUAAUAUAAAUGGAGGAUGGUGGUAUGUAAACGGCCUGCAAAAAUAUGCCUUGACCAAUCCUAAGUCAACGGUGCUGUUUAAAUAUAGACAUGCUGACUUCUCCGCAGACAGCGUUUCUGUGUCCUUGGAAAGGUUAUAA